UGUUUCCACGCAUGCGCAUUUACACAUUGUCUGUGAGCUAGCAACUGGCUAUUAAUAUAUAUUGAAAUACGUUAUUGGAGCAGUUUUUAUUUUAUUGUUUGGUAGGGAAAUGGGAAUUCGUUAUGAACUGUUACUAAGACGAAUCAUUUAUAUGUACGCCAUGGAUGUAUCGUGUCUGAUGUCGACCAGAAUGCUAACUACAGUUUACUAGCCUCUAGCUAGUUUUCAGUUCAUUCAUUGACGUCUUUGCAAGAAGAGCGUCCAUGAUUAUUUUAUGUGGCUAACCAGCUCGCUUGAAAAAAUGUAUAUUUUGUUCACGAUUAUUACUUCAUUAGUUUGCUAUUUGAUUUUGAAAUGGAUGAAAAUGAGGAGGUAUUGCACGGACUUGAAAAGACUGGAUGGGAAAACAGUUGUCAUUACUGGUGGCAAUGCUGGCAUCGGCAAAGAGACGGCGGUUGCUUUGGCGAUGCGAGGUGCCCGUGUCAUCAUAGCUUGCCGUGACGUGGACAAGGCUGAGAAGGCGGUGAGGGAGAUCAAGAUCAGGGGUCACAACGUUAACGUCCAUCACAUGGAGCUGGAUUUGGCCAACAUGCGCUCCAUACAAGACUUCUGUAAGACCUUCCUUCAGAGAGAGAAGAGGUUGGACAUCCUCAUCAACAAUGCUGCCAUGCCCAGCGUGCUGGACUGGACGGAGGACAACUUCAGCAUGUGUUUCGGUGUGAACCACCUCGGCCACUUCCUGUUGACCAACCUACUGUUGGGCCGCCUGAAGGAUUCGGCCCCCAGCCGCGUGGUCACGCUCACCUGCUCCAACUACAAGUACCAGAAGUUAGACUUCCAGGACCUCAACUAUAACCUGCUGCCCUUCUUCACCUACUGCCGCAGCAAGCUGGCCAACAUCUACUUCAGCCAGGAGCUGGGUAGAAUGAUGGAGGGCAAAGGAGUGACGGCAUAUGCUGUGCACCCUGGCUAUGUUCAGAGCAGUUGGACAGAUCACUACUCCAUCCUGUUCCGUAUGCUGGUGCAGGUGAUCAUGUUCAUGUUUUUCGUGCCGUGUGAGAUGGGCGCUCAGACCGUGGUCUACUGCGCCGUGUCGGACGAGGCUGCCAAGCACAGUGGGGGAUACUUCACCGACUGCCAGCCCACCACGCUGAGACCUUUCGCCAGAGACGCCGGUGUGGCCAAAAAACUGUGGGAGGCCAGCGAGAGACUGGUCAAACUGGCCUGAGAAAGGAUGAAGGCUUCGUAAGGCUUGUAGACAUUUUUAUCCUGGAAUACUCACUGAAUAUCACUCUGUUUUACUAGUGUUGUUUUUAAACAAAAACAAUGGUUAAGGGGUAUGAUAUUCAGUUUUGGAUUUCCAGUCCAGGAGUGUUUUCCAGGUUUGUUGAAAUAUUAAUGACUCAAAUAAAAAAUACAUUCCCUCACA